AUGAGUACGUACAGCAAUCGCUAUGAGGUUCGCACUCUUUUCCAUUCUCUUUCUUGUAUUCGCUGAAUAUUCAGCUACCAAUGCGUAUUUGUUUGACCCCAGAGCAGUUGAUGCACUUCUUCGAGAGAUUCGAGCAAGACUUCAGGCCACAGAAGAGGAUAAUCAUGCCCAGAAAGUAGAGCAGGAGACAGAAGAGAUAAAAAAAGAGGAACUAUUGCAUGCUGACGCCGAUGUUGAAGGAUCGGGAUCGGGAGAGGAAGUUGAAGGAUCAGGAGAGACGGAGAGCUCAGUUACCGGAGUACCGAUUAUGGAAGAAGAGAAGCCGGAGGAGAAAGAGAAAGAGAAUGAUACUUUCUCUUUCCCACGUCCUGAGCCAAUUUUUGACAAAUACGGGAAUCUGAAGAGCAAGGAUAAGCUGGAAGCAUUGACAUUCGCCAAUUUCAAAAAACAGGCACCACCCACGCUUCAGGACCAUUACAAUCUCAACCCAACUGGAACUCUCCAAAUGCUUCAAGGACUUGAUAUUCACGGUAAAUAUUUCAGAUCCAGGCAAAUUAGUUUAUUUAAUGUUUAGGUUCUUCUGGAGGUUAUCACAGAGCUAUUUCUGGCGGCUAUCUUCCACCAGCCACUUAUGAUCCAUAUAAUGUUAACUGGCACAGCUACGGAGACGAAGGAGUAAAGAUGAGAGACAAAGCGAUUACAGUUUUCAGACAUGUUCUUGCACCUGGGGUGUAAAUUGUUAUUACACUCGCGUUGUUUUACUUUUCCAUUUAUCUUGCCAACGUUCAUUCAUCCUAAUACUACAAGCAGUUCACUGCUUCAUAAUAAAGUUUUUGUCUUGUGUUGUUGAGUGAGUGGCCGCCGGUCCAGUUCAAACACCAAACCAAGCUUCCAUUUCGAUAAUUGUCUUCCGCAACCAUUCGAGUGUCCUUCUGACACCGGCCUUGAAAUCCGCCAUGUUCAUCUUGAGACUUUCCCAGACCACAACCAAAAAGGAAGUUACAUGUUUUCUGUUCGGUCCGAUUUCAAUCCAAGGUUACUUCCAUUACUCAAGUCAGGUCCUGUCAGAAGAUAAUGAGAAACCGGAUUUUUGAAAUAUGCUUUCUUACAAGGAAGCGGCAAACCAAACUGUUUAUGUGAUUAGUUUUCGGAGAGUUUGAAGGUUACUGCUAAGUGGUUUGAUCGAUCAACAAAAACAUUAAUGUUUGGGUGGUAACAUGUUCAGACAAUGGUUCUACACAAUAGUUUGAGUACACAAAUUUAGUUCUUGAAGAUCCGAUGCACCAUGCAGAUGAUGAAAAUGGCGUCGUUUACCCGGUUCACCCCCUACUUCCACAGGAGGAAAUGAUGUGAUUUGCGUUCAGAACAGUUUUGUGUCUUCUAUCUUUUCUUGCGCAAUGGCGGUCAUCUCUUCACUAAUAUCCCCAUUUAGCACACCCGUACUUCCUUCUUCUCAUGGCCUCCGUGCCUGCCACCUUUUUUUUCACUACAGUUCCUUCCUCGUCGCUACCUACUUACUUCCACCUUCGACCACGCCUUCUCAUCACAAAGUGGAGUAUAAAAGGGUUACCUGAACUCAUUGAAACCACACCAAACUGAGUAUGUUUGAGGAGAAACUUCUUGUGUCUGUGGCUUCGGCCUUCUCGACCCUCGCCGUCGUCGCCUGCCUCAUCGUCAUCCCGUCGCUCUACAGCACCAUCGACGAGAUCCACAAUGAGGUUCUCGAUGGAGUUCGUGUGUUCCGCGUUGAGACCGAUUCCGCUUGGACCGAGAUGAUGGACAUCCAGAUCACCGUCACUCCACCAUCAAAGCCACGUGUCAACCCAUUCAACUCCAUCUUCCGUCAGAAGCGUCAGACCUUCUCUGGACUCCCAGCUUGGUGCCAGUGCGAGCCAACUAAGCCAACUUGCCCACCAGGACCUCCAGGACCACCAGGACCAGCUGGACAGCCAGGUAAACACAAUCUUUGUGACUUCUGAAACUCAAUUUCGGUAAUUUCAGGAACCCCAGGAGCCCCAGGACCAAAGGGACCAGACAGCACCACCACCUACGCUCCAAUCAACUGCCCACCAGUGUCCAAUGAUUGCGUCAAGUGCGCACCAGGACCAGCCGGAGCCGCCGGACCAGCAGGACCAGCGGGACCAUCGGGACCAGACGGACGCCCAGGACAGCCAGGAAACGCUGGAAGACCAGGAUCUCCAGGACAGCCAGGACCAAAGGGAGACAACGGAGCUCCAGGAGCCCCAGGAGGAAACGGACAGCCAGGAGCGCCAGGAAAGGACGGAAGACGCGGAAAGGGAGCCGCUGGAGCCCCAGGAGCCCCAGGAAAGGCCGGACCAGCCGGAGCCCCAGGAGCCCCAGGAAAUAAGGGAGCCGAUGGAACCCCAGGACCAGCUGGACCAUCCGGAGCUCCAGGAGCCCCAGGAAACAAGGCCCAGGAUGGACGCCCAGGAGCCCCAGGCGGCAGCGGACUUCCAGGACCAGACGCCGCUUACUGCGCCUGCCCACCAAGAUCCGCCGUUUUCGUUUCUCGCCAUUAA